GCCUCCCUCCAUUCCCCUUAUUCGUUCCUUACGGGUUUUCCGAUCCUCUACUUCAAAAUUUCAGCAAAUACAGGCUCAAUCCUUAUUCAUUCGUAAAAUGGCAAACAGGCACACUAUUGUUCUCAUGCAGACAUCUCAGAACCGAGCAACUCGCACUUUCAUGGAUUACGAGUCAAUAAGUCAAGCAAUGGAUGGAAUUUGUGCUUUGUAUGAGAGGAAACUCAAGGAAUUGAACCCAGCCAUCAGAGAAAUCACUUACGACAUCUCAGAUCUUUACAAUUUCAUAGAUGGCCUUGCUGAUAUGAGUGCAUUAGUGUAUGAUCACUCAAUCCAGGCUUACCUCCCCUAUGACCGGCAGUGGAUAAAACAGAAAACAUUGCAACACCUGAAAAAACUGGCAUCGCAGAGAUAAUAUAUCUUAAAGGGGGAAACCAACUGUUGUCGGAACUGAACCUAACACUGGCGUUGCAAUUCAAAUCAUGGAUGUAUAACUAUGCAUAGUUCUGUAAAUUGAGCACUUUAAACUUGCUAAUGAUUCUGAGUCUCAUUUCUUGUCAGUACAUUUACUUGAACAAAUAUAUGGGCAUGAAAAAGUCUUGGACUUGAGACAGUAGACACAAUAUUGUUGGAUAGGUGCUGUUCGAGUCUAAUUUGUUUUUCUUUA